AUGCCCCCAAACACAGUGGCUGAUAGACUACUCUCAUCCACCUCCACGCGUUCAUCCAACAUUGUCACAGAAGAACAGUUUCAAGAGCUGAUCAAGCAAGGAGACUCUGUAUUCAUCUAUGAGCAAAAGGUAUAUCGAGUCAACAACUUUUUGGCCAAACAUCCAGGUGGUGAGGCAGCGCUGCAAAGUGCAUUGGGCAGAGAUGUCACUGAUGAAGUCCGUACCAUGCAUCCUCCACAGGUGUAUGAAAAGAUGAUCAACCUCUAUUGCAUUGGCGACUAUAUGCCAGAUGUGAUAAGACCCGCAUCGAUGAAACAACAACACACAUUUACAAAGCCAACAGAGGACAAGCCAGUGCUGACAGCGACAUGGGAAGGCGGCUUCACCGUACAAGCUUACGAUGAUGCCAUUCAAGAUCUGCAUAAACACCACGCACACGACUUGAGGAAGGAUGCAGUGCUCCAAAAAGAUUUAAACGGUGAUCAAAUCAGAAUGGCAUACAGAAAAUUAGAGGCUGAACUAUACAAGAAGGGGCUGUUCAAAUGUAAUUACUGGAAAUACGCAAGAGAGGGAUGUCGAUACACACUGCUUAUAUUUCUGUCGCUGUGGUUUACACUGCAUGGCACCGAGACAUGGCACUAUAUGGCAGGCGCUGCGUUCAUGGCCAUGUUUUGGCAUCAACUUGUAUUUACAGCUCAUGAUGCGGGCCACAAUGAAAUUACUGGCAAGUCUGAAAUCGACCAUGUUAUUGGUGUCAUUAUCGCAAACUUCAUCGGUGGGCUCAGUUUGGGCUGGUGGAAGGACAAUCACAACGUACACCAUAUCGUGACAAAUCAUCCAGAGCACGAUCCCGAUAUCCAGCAUCUCCCCUUCAUGGCCAUCACCACCAAAUUCUUCAACAACAUCUAUUCCACCUACUACAAGCGUGUACUGCCGUUUGAUGCUGCUUCUCGCUUCUUCAUCAGACACCAGCACUACUUGUAUUACCUCAUCCUGUCCUUUGGUAGAUUCAAUUUGCAUCGAUUAUCAUUUGCGUACCUGUUGACUUGCAAGAACGUCCGUACCAGAACUCUGGAGCUAGUUGGUAUUAGCUUCUUCUUUGUCUGGUUUGGUGCACUGCUAUCUACGCUGCCUACUUGGAACAUCCGUAUCGCUUAUAUUAUGGUGUCGUAUAUGCUGACAUUCCCUCUUCAUGUGCAGAUUACAUUGUCCCAUUUCGGCAUGUCAACCGAGGACAGAGGCCCAGACGAGCCAUUCCCCGCCAAAAUGUUGCGUACCACAAUGGAUGUCGAUUGUCCAGAGUGGCUUGACUGGUUCCAUGGUGGUUUGCAAUAUCAAGCAGUGCAUCAUUUAUUCCCUCGACUUCCUCGCCAUAAUUUGCGUCAAUGCGUCCCUUUGGUCAAAAAGUUUUGCGAUGAAGUGGGUCUCCAUUAUUACAUGUAUAAUUUCUCUACUGGAAACGGCGUUGUUUUGGGUACAUUGAAGUCUGUGGCUGAUCAAGUUGGCUUUAUGAAUGAAGUGGCCAAAAGUAAUGCCGAGACUUGGGCUAAUGACAAAGAGCAUGCUCAUUAG